AUGACCCAAUUAUUCACAUCAUCGCAUACGUCGUCGCCAGUCGCCUCCGAGAAGCGAAAUUUCCAUGGCCUCUCGCUAUCCUCCAAGAAGCACAACAAUGCCGCCAAUACCAGCAACACUGGCGGCAACAAUGAUUCUUCCAACAACCAUUUCCCCUCGAAAAUCAAAAACUUCUUUCGCCUGAACAGUUCAGGCAGUGCCGGCUCCAACAAUAGUGCUGAGCGAGACCACAAGGAGAACUAUAAUUCUGCCAAGACAGAGUCUAAAUCCAACUUCAGGCAGUCUCGAUUUCUGCCUGCCAUUGGCCGUAAUCGCUCAACCACCGUGGCCAGUGAAGGAAACCCUCUGGAUGACUCUGUCUCUCCAACCGCUCAUGCCAACCCAUACUUCGCCCAUCAAGGUCACCCAGCUCUCCGCCAUCGCAAUGAGGGCUCUCUUCCUUCGACGCCUCCUGACAUGCCCGAGCUGCAAGUCCAAGGCAUCUCCCCGACAGACCAGGCAACUACUGCUGGAAAAGAGGAAUUGGCACGGAAGCUUCGGCGAGUAGCCUCUGCCCCAAAUGCACAAGGUCUUUUUGCUGGGGACAAGUCGGGUGAACGCCCCAAGACGGCGGAAUUAGGGAAGGAACCAUUGAUCGAACAAGCAGGAGAUCAAGUCAAAGUCAGCUUUGUUGAUUCUUCCGAGCAAGAACGGGGACGAAGUUUGCCCGUUCCCACCAUCGGCCCCGAUGGGAAACUCCCGUCUCCAGGGCAAAUCAGAGCGUCCUCCACGGCAGCUUUCCGACGAACAUAUAGUUCAAACUCGAUCAAAGUGCGUAAUGUCGAAGUGGGGCCCGGCAGCUUUGAUAAGAUCAAAUUGAUUGGAAAGGGGGAUGUCGGUAAAGUGUAUUUGGUGCGGGAGAAGAAAUCAAAUCGGUUAUAUGCUAUGAAAGUGCUGAGCAAGAAAGAGAUGAUUAAACGCAACAAGAUCAAGCGAGCUUUGGCCGAGCAGGAAAUCUUAGCCACAAGCAACCACCCCUUCAUUGUAACGCUAUAUCAUUCCUUUCAGUCGGAAGAUUACUUGUAUCUCUGCAUGGAAUACUGCAGUGGUGGUGAGUUUUUCAGGGCCUUACAAACUCGACCUGGAAAAUGUAUACCCGAGGAUGAUGCUAGGUUUUAUGCUGCAGAAGUGACAGCAGCUUUGGAAUAUCUUCACUUGAUGGGUUUCAUCUACCGUGAUCUCAAGCCUGAGAAUAUCCUUCUACACCAAUCAGGACAUAUCAUGUUAUCGGAUUUCGAUUUGUCCAAACAAUCUGGCCCUGGUGGAGCUCCUACAAUGAUCCUCGGACGCAAUGGCAAUGGGCCAUCAUCAUUCCCUACCAUUGAUACAAAGUCAUGCAUUGCUGACUUCCGGACCAAUUCUUUCGUUGGCACGGAAGAAUAUAUUGCACCAGAGGUCAUUCAGGGCUGUGGUCAUACUAGUGCUGUAGACUGGUGGACAUUGGGAAUUUUGAUAUAUGAAAUGUUGUACGGUACAACCCCUUUCAAGGGUAAGAACCGCACUGCGACGUUCUCCAAUAUUCUCCGAAACGACAUCCCGUUCCCCGAGCACGGAGGAGCACAGCAGAUUUCCAACCUGUGUAAAUCUCUUAUUCGCAAACUGCUUAUCAAGGAUGAGACGAAACGUCUCGGAGCGAGAGCUGGUGCCUCGGACGUGAAAACCCAUCCUUUCUUCCGACAGACUUCCUGGGCCCUGAUUCGUCAUAUGAAACCACCCAUGAUUCCUCAUCAAGGACGUGCUAUCGAUACUGUCAACUUCCGUAAUGUCAAAGAAAGUGCCAGCGUUGAUAUCGGGGGUGGUCCAAGCAGCAAAAUGAAAGGGGUUCCAUUAGAUUCGGGUCUUGCCACACCGAGUGGUGAGAUAGCCGAUCCAUUUGAGGAAUUCAACAGUGUUACACUCCACCAUGAGGGAGAUAGCUGA